GCUAUGAAAAGCGAUUCCAGGCGUGUAAUAUUGAGCCAAGCCAUUAAACAGAAACUGCAAAUAAAACCGAGGGGGCCACCUGAAGAAUCUGUGCCGCAAGAGGAAGACAAAGCUCGCCUUUUGUUAGGUAUGGAUGGCGGAACAACAAGCGGAAGCGUAUAAGAAGAAGCAGGAGGAGCUUCGAGUACAAUAUGAGAAAGAACAAGAUCUUCAUAAUAAUAAAGCACUGCUUAGCAAAGAGAGUAAAGAUAAACUUAGUGUCAAUUUUAUGUACGAACCACCUCCUGGAGCAAAGAAAGAACGAGAGAAGGAAGAUAAUGAGCCUGAAUACAAGUUUGAAUGGCAGCGGAAGUACAAUGCUCCAAGAGAAAGCUACUGCAAAGGUGAUAGUGAAAUUCGAGAUCAACCCUUUGGUAUACAAGUGAGGAAUGUACGAUGUAUCAAAUGUCACAAGUGGGGACACAUAAAUACAGAUAAGGAGUGCCCCUUGUACAGUCAAGCAAUGAGUGUUGUAAUGGCAAAUAAUAAUUCGCAAACCCCAUCUGCUCCAGAUACUAUGACACUUGUGCAACAGAUGCGAGAGGAUGGUUUGGCUCUAAAAAAAUCUGCAUUGGAUGCGCAACAACAUUUACGAGUCCCAGAACAUGAACAUCUUAUGAUUUCUGAAGAUGAGGAACAAUCAGAAUUAUCAUUUUUAAAAUCUCUGUCAAAGAAGGAAAAGAAAAGAUUAUUAUUGAAAUUACAAUUACUAGAAAGAAAGAAUCGUAAAAAAGAAAAAAGGAAAUUGAAAAAGAAGAGCAGUAAUAAAAAGUGUAGCAGUAAUACUAGUAGCAGUAGUAGUAGUAGCACUACUAUUAAUAGUAGUGGUAGUAGUGAUGGUGACAGCAGUAUUGAUUCAAAAGAUUUGCAGUCUAAAAAGAAUAGAAAGAAGAGGAAAAAAGUCGAUUCUAAAGAGAAGCGUAUUUACAAAUAUAAAGGGAAACGGAGUUGUGACAAACAUAAGUAUACAUGUAAAGAGACGAAUGGCGAUGCUAAGCGUGGUAAAGAUAAAGAUCAUUAUAAUAGAAAAAGAAAAGUUAAAGCUCAAGAUAAGGAUGGAGAUCAUUUAAGACACUGUAAAAUGUAUAAAAAGCAUUAUUAAUGAUCACUUUAAUAAUAAAAUGUCAAUAUAUCGCUUAUGAAAACAAUAAAAAGAAUCGUUUAUUGCUUGAGAAUGCAUUUUGCAAUUUAAUUUUAUAUUGUAUCUUUUUAAAACUAUAGAAAUGUGAAGAGAGAUAUGUGUAGUGAUCAACAAUAUGUACAUGUUAAUAGAAUAACCUGAAUCAAUUACAGUAAUUUAUUGAAUGACAGUGAAACAUUUCUAAUAACAAUUUGUAAUACAAACAUUAAUUUGUCGUAUAUAAGUUUUAUUACAAUAGCAUGCACUUUAUUACAAAUUAAUGAAGCGCGCAAUAUAUUGAUAUUCAUAAUAGUCUCGUGUGUGUAUGUGUGUGUGUGUGGAGAGGGGGGGUAACAUAAUGUAUGUCUUUCGCAAAAAUAAUACAUGGGACCAUUGGCAAUAUACGUGCAUGUGCGUGCACGCAUACAUGUGUGUGUGUGUGUGUUGCAACAUUAGCCAAUUUUUUCUUACCUUUUUUGUAUGGUAUGCAUUAUUUAAAUAAGUCGUAAUAUAAGUUUUCUCACUCUAUCUCGUUUCUAACACGGCUAGUAACAAUUCGUUCUUGCAUAUACAUAUAAUGUACGAACGUAUAUAUUGCGUGUAUAUGUAAUAUUAGCCACGGUAGAUGGCUUUGAACACUUGGGCACUUUGAAAUCUGCGUUAUUUCUCUUGCAAAUGGAUUACUUUCAAUGUGACAAUGUCAUAACUUUAGGAAGUAAUCGGAUUGGCAG